AUGUUAAAUAAUUUUUCUGUUAUUGCCGAAACUCCUGGCUUAAGCAGCAUGCAACAACAACAACAAGGCCGACUCAGGCUGAGGCCGUGGCUGGAGGAACAGAUUCAGUCUGGGAGAUAUCCAGGAGUCAGCUGGCUGGACCAGUCCGAACGAAUCUUCCAAAUCCCAUGGAAACAUGCUGCUCGUCAUGGUUGGAGUAUUGAGCGAGAUGCUACCCUUUUCAGGAGCUGGGCUAUGCACACUGGACGGUACCGUCCAGGCAAAGACAAGCCAGAUCCAAAGACAUGGAAAGCAAAUUUCCGCUGUGCUUUGAAUUCUCUGCCUGACAUCUGUGAGCUGCGUGAACACAGCAGGAAGAGAGGCAGUAAUGCCUAUAGAGUGUACAGGAUGCUGCCCAAUUCCCAAACACAGAAACGCAGAAGAGGGCUGCGGUUAUUCGACAGACCCAGAGAAGGACAGGCCAGUUUAGGAGAAUGCAUGCCUGAUGGUACACACAACACACAAAUUUGGCAAGUCACAACAAUGAGACCCAUUUCAGAAACACAGCAGGAGGUGGAGCCUGUUGCAGAAGACACAUUUACCAACGUUCAAAGACAGGGGAUGUGGGAUGCCAAAUCAACGGACCAGGAACAGAGUGAAGCUGUCUUUAAGCUGAUGGACCACUUAAGCAACACUGACCUCUGGAACCAGGCCGCGGAACAGAGAGGGUGGAGAACGCACAGUCUAUGGAACCACUGGCACUGUCCUGGUGAUGAUAAUCCAUAUCCUCUGCACACGGAGAACUGCAGCGAUCUAUUUGGUCCAAACUACAUCAAGGAACUCUCUGACUGGUCCACACAUCAGCAACCACUGAUGCCGUAGCCAUGCACCCACUAACAACUCCAUCCACCUUCUCUUUGUGUUUACCAAAUAUCUGAUCAAAGAGUGAUUUUCUCUGAAGCUUUCUUCAGAUAUUUCCCUCUUAUUGUCUAUCUGAUAAGCUGACUGCUAAUUGCCAGAAAAAGGAGACGGGAGACAGGGCAGGGAAUAUUGCUCUGUCAGUUAGCUGAUCAGUCACCCUCUCUGCUGAGCAUGCUGAAAUGAAGAUCCAGUUCCAAGCCAAGCUUUACCUCUGUCAACAUCACUCGUGUUUAGAUUUAGUGCCUAAAACUCACUAAAAUGACACCAAGCUCACAGAUCUCGUUUCACCGCAGUGCAU